GCAUAAAAUGAAGAAACUUUCAAGUCACUCAGAUGGCAGUAGCAGCGAGGGAGACAGUGAGGAAGACAACAGCUCCAGUAGCGAGGAUGAUGAAAAUGACAUGGAUCGCGUUGCAAAGGAACUGGAGAGGAAACGCAACCACCCAGAACGUUUACAUCCUGAACUCUGGUUCAAUGACCCUGGUGAGAUGAAUGAUGGUCCUCUUUGUCGAUGCUCCCUAAAAGCUCAGCGUUCUGGCAUCCGUCAUGGUUACUAUGUCGGAGAGGAUAAGUUACAGGCUUGUGAUCCUUGGACCAAUAAUGCUGACACCCUUCAUCAUUAUCGAAUAACAAUAUCUCCUCCGACUAAUUUCCUGAUUAAGACACCCACUGUUAUCAUGCACGACAAUCAUGAGUUCAUUUUUGAAGGCUUCUCUCUUCUAUCGCAUCAUCCCCUUGAAGAGGUGCCAACAUGUCAAGUGAUUCGCUUUAACAUCGAGUACACAAUCUUAUAUAUACAAGAAAAAAUCCCAGAUAAUUUCUGCAUUAAAGAACUUGAUAUAUUUUAUAAGUAUUUGUUUCAUGAGCUCCUAGAACUUGUUGAUCUCAACCUCCAAGCCAUGGGGGAUCCUGAAGGAUGUCCUCGUUUCCAUUUCAUGCCAAGAUUCGUACGGAAGCUGGCAGAUAAUGGGAAAGAAAUCUUAUCCAUGAAUGAGGUUCUAAAUUACGUGCUCAAGAGCAAUGUACCCCUCAUGCAGCCAGAGGACUUAGCAACUCUUCUUAAUAUGCCCCAGUACCAGUGGCAGAAUUAUGCAGAUCAACUCAAAGGGAUGGUUGUUACGUGCCCGGGAAUGAAGCCAUGUAGUAUUCGUGUAGACCAGUUAGAUCGAGAUCAAGUCAGUGAGGAGAUAAUUAAUUAUCCAGUCAUUGUUCAUUUUGGAAUCAGACCGCCACAACUUUCCUAUGCAGGCAACCCAGAGUAUCAGAAGGCCUGGAGAGAAUAUGUAAAAUUUAGGCAUCUUUUGGCCAAUAUGCCAAAGCCAUCUUUUGAAGACAAAAGGCGAUUGGAAGCGAAAGAAAAUAAACUUCAGGAAAUGCGAAUGACAUCAAAGAUGAAGAGAGAUGUAACUGUGGCUGUCUCGGCUCAGGGUUUUUACUGCACAGGAAUUAUGUGUGAUGUUGUUCAGCAUGCCAUGUUGCUGCCUGUCCUUGUGUGCCAUCUGCGCUUUCACCGGUCACUAGAAGUUUUGGAGAAACACAUUGGAUACAAGUUUCAGAAUAGAUUUCUCCUCCAGCUGGCACUCACCCACCCUUCAUACAGGGAAAAUUUUGGCACAAAUCCUGACCAUGCUCGAAAUUCACUGACCAACUGUGGAAUCCGACAGCCGGAGUAUGGAGAUAGACGCAUACAUUACAUGAACACGAGGAAAAGAGGAAUAAAUACGCUUAUAAACAUCAUGUCCCGGUUUGGAAGAAACUUAGAGACUGAGAGCAAGAUAACUCAUAAUGAAAGGCUGGAAUUCUUGGGUGAUGCUGUUGUUGAGUUCCUGACCUCAAUACAUCUGUUCCAUCUGUUUCCAAGUCUAGAGGAGGGUGGGUUAGCUACGUACAGAGCGGCAAUUGUACAGAAUCAACAUUUAGCAGUGUUGGCAGAGAAACUAGGAUUAGAUCAGUUUAUGCUGUAUGCUCAUGGUUCGGACUUAUGUCACGACUCUGAACUGAGGCAUGCUAUGGCCAACUGCUUUGAGGCUCUUAUGGGAGCUAUUUUCCUGGACAGUGGGAUUGAGGAAGCAGACAGUGUUUUAAGCACUACAUUGUUCAAGGGUGAAGACCAGUUGUAUGGUAUUUGGGUCAAUUAUCCACCCCAUCCUUUGCAAGAACAGGAACCACAUGGUGAUCGCAAGUGGAUCAAAGCCUUCCCCAUCCUUACCAAAUUGGCCAAGUUUGAAGAAUCCAUAGGUGUAGAGUUCAACCACAUCCGUCUAUUAGCACGUGCCUUCACUGAUCGUAGCAUUGGCUUUAACAAUCUUACCCUUGGCUCAAACCAACGACUUGAGUUUCUUGGUGACACAGUUCUACAGUUGGUAGCUUCUGAAUAUCUAUACAAGCAUUUUCCAGAACAUCAUGAGGGACAUCUAUCAUUACUUCGUUCAUCUUUAGUCAACAAUCGAACUCAAGCAGUAGUUUGUGAUGAUUUGGGGAUGACUACCUAUGCAAUGUACUCUCAUUUAAAAAUUGAACUGAAGACAAAAGAUCGUGCUGACUUGCUGGAAGCAUUUCUUGGCGCCCUGUACAUUGAUAGGGGAUUGGAUCACUGUCGAAUGUUUUGUCAAGUAUGCUUCUUCCCACGUCUCCAUCAUUUCAUCAUGAAUCAAGACUGGAAUGAUCCAAAGAGCAAAUUGCAACAGUGUUGUCUUACACUAAGAACAAUGGAUGGCGGAGAACCUGAUAUUCCCAUUUACAAAGUAAUUGAAUGCAAAGGUCCCACAAACACUCGGGUAUACACUGUUGCUGUUUAUUUCCGUGGACGCCGUCUUGCUAAGGCCUCGGGUCAUUCAAUUCAGCAGGCAGAAAUGAAUGCUGCCAGGGAUGCCCUAAUGAAUUCCAAAGAUUUAUUUCCACAAUUGGACCACCAAAGAAGAGUUAUUGAAAAGAGUGUAAAGAUUCAGGGUGUAAAGCCAGAAUCUGCAAGAGGAAGGGAAAGAAGAGAUAGAGAAAAGAAUGAGUCUAGGUAUAGGAGGAAUGACAGACGUAAACGUGAUAAAGGUAGAAGUCAGGAAGAACGUAGAGACACUGACAGACCAAGAAGUGGAACCAGAGAAGGCAGAGUCAAAGGAAGCAGUGGUCAAGGAGCAAAUAAAAAUGGUUUACGGGAAGUGCACAGGGAAAGCAAGAGGUGUGGUAGAGAAGACAAACAUAAUGAAGAAAACACUAGAGUGACUAAAGUUGAUGAAAACUUAUGAAAUUUUCUGUGUGUAGUGUGAUAAAAGAUUUUAAAUUGUGUGGUGUGGUGAAGAUUUUAAAUCUUUCUAGAAUGUGGUGGUCACUAAAACACGGUUAGAACCAACUGGAGAGAGGAACGAAGUUCAUCCAGAUUGACCCCAGUGUAAAACUGAUGAAAAGAAAGUUCAUCCAGAUUGACCCCAGUGGUAAAACUGUACUACUUAUGCUCUGUGAAUCCGGGUCACCAUGAGACACGGAUGUAAAAUUUGACAAAUUGUUAAGAACAAUGAUAAUUUAAUGGACAAAAUUAAUUUUUGGAUACUUGCGUACUGUUAAAGUUAGCUUUAUCUUUGUGCUGUUUGGUGCGAUUAUCAUUUUAAAUUUUUUAAAAGUACACUUGGCUCACCUGCUCAGACUGUCUGUAGUCAUAUGUUUCCCACCAGAUAGUGCUGGAAUGUUUACAUCUUGUCAUAUUUCUUCAUGACCACCCACUAGCAUGUGGGGAGGCUAGGUGGGAUCCCACUUUAACAGUAGGCAAGUAUCCAAAUUAUUUUUUCAUGAAAAUUAUUUGGAAUAAAUCUUACCUACUGUUAAAGUUAGCUGACUAACACAAUGAAUGAUGGUGGGGGUUAGUGCAGCCAGAGAAAUAGUGCUUAACCAAACAAACUUUUUAAAGGAUGUAAAAGUCUUCUUAGUGAGACUUGUCAAGAGGAUCCUUACGGGGAAAAAAGGACCAUCUCAUAGAGAAGUAUUGGAGACACUCCUGUGCCUGAGUUGAAUGCUCACAACUGAUAGUCAAAAACUCCUAUGCACCAUUGUGUCCAUACUAUCAAAAUCUAUUGUGAGAUUUAUAACAAAAAGACAAAGAAAAGUUACUGCCCUAUUUGGUUCAGAAGAUAUAGUGUAUCCGCCGCAACAAUAAUCUUCAAGGCUUAAUGAGGCAGAAACAGUUAUAACUUCCCCAAGCUGCAGGACAACCUUCUCUAGAAGUUUUUAAAUGUCAUAGACACAUUAACAGUAUGGAAGCCGUGAGGAUAUUUCCUAAAUUGGUAGAUACUCAGGAAUAAACUAUGUGCAGACUUGAGCCAUCUUGGACAGGAGUCUUUAGCCUAAUAACUUCUCUUACAGGUUGACUGUCCAGUUAAACCCUUAAAAGUUAUAACUGGACAUAAGAUAGCCAUUAUUCCAUAACUACCUAAGCAUUUAAAUUAUGCUCGAUUACAAAUCUGUGAAGGGCUCGCAGUUCUGAGUCUCUCCAUCUUUCCUUUAAGCAAUGAAGGAAAAGAAAGGUUGUCACUAAAGCAAAUGAAAAGAUGUUGCCACUAGAGCAAAGAACAAGGUAGGGCUUGAUGCUCACUAAUAAAACCUCUCACUAGGUCUAACCUGGUCAAAGACAGCCACCUCUUCCUUGUCUACCAAAGCAGUUAAAUUAGGCACUAUAACAAAACUGGGAAGGGCUUCCUCUUAUGCUUUCUUGUUUUCUCUAAGAAAGAAAAAGAGGUGUAGCCUCUUGAACAAAGUCCCAAUACAAGAAAGGGCUUGAAGCUCACAAAUACACUUUAGCUCUUGUUGGGGCAAAGAAAAGUGUCUUCCAAGUUCCUAAGUGAUGCCUUAUCAAAGAUCUUAACUGAAGUUAUGGAUGGUAUCCUUGAUUGCUGUGGCAGAAAAUUGCUUUGCAUAUCUGAGACAUUGGUAGAGCUAAAUCAAGAUAUUUAGUGGAACAAGUGCUGUAUAUCACAAAGGACAUGCACAAAGAUCACUGCUAUUGAUUGAUACAGAUGUCUAACAGUGAAGGGCCUAACAUCAGAUUUAGGGAUUGCUUCUGUGGCCAUUCAAGUUAAGUAUAUCUUAGUUUUACCAGACCACUGAGCUGAUGAACAGCUCUCCUAGGGCUGGCCCAAAGGAUUAGAUAUUUUUACGUGACUAGGAACCAGUUGGUUACCUAGCAACGGGACUAGGAACCAGUUGGUUACCUAGCAACGGGACCUACAGCUUACCUACAGCUUAUUGUGGGAUCCGAACCACAUUGUAUUGAGAAAUGAAUUUCUAUCACCAGAAUAUAAAUUCCUCUGGAUUCACGUUGGCCGAGCCGGGAAUUGAACUUUGCACCACUGGAUAAUUAGCAGAGCGUGAAAUGCAUUUGGCCAACUUGGAACUCUCGUGGCCAUUCAAGAAAUAACCUUUGCUUACAGUAGGCAAUCUACAAUCUCCACAUGGUGAGAUAAAAUAUGUGGAGAUUUGAUGGAAUGUUAAAAUAAGACUGAAAAGGUCCUUCCUGGACGAAUGAAGAUGGGGAAAAUCUACCCCCAAGAAAGAAAGUUUUGGGAACCAUUCUUUAUGGGGCCAUAAUGUGCUAGCAAUCAAAAUCAUUCUUGUGAUCUGCAAAUUUUAUAACUUGAGUAUUUCCUCAAAAACAGCCAACAGAGGAAAAACCUAAAGGUCUAAAUUCGAAGAAAGGGAUCUACUGCCCAUGCAUAAGGAUUCUGGCUUGGAGGGCAGUAAACUGGUAUUGUGUUUUGGGCAGUCAUGAACAGGUGGGUGUUUGGGGUCCCCCUGGAGGUUCCACAACUUCUGGAAAACCUGAUGCAGAGGAGACUAUCUGACUGGAGACCUUGCCCUUACUGCCGAGUUGGUCUUCAGUAUCAAGGUUUCUUCUAAAGACAAAAUGAGGAAAUAGAAUGAUAUCUGAGGACUCCAUCCCAAGGAAAAUUGGUUUCUUUGCUAGCCUAAACAAAAUUCUUACAUGCCUCCUUGUUGUCUAAUAUAAGAAUCUAGACUUGUAAAAGACUAUUCUAAACUGUUAAGAACUGUAGGAUGGUUAUAUUUGCACUUCCUGACAUCAGAUUUUUGUCAGAAAGACUCCUCAAUCUGCCUCUGAGACAUAAAAGGACAUUGUAAAGGUUUCUGAAGUCUACAGACUAACCAUAUAAUUCUCAACAGAAGUAGAAAAUUGUUAUCCUUCUUUGUUGGAAAAACUUUCAACAAGAGAUAGUUGAUUCUCAUCACCAGAUAAACAACUGACUGGUGAACCUUGAACAAAAUGCCCACUCCUAAGGUUACACAUAAAACAAUCACCAUAAAAAACGGUAAGAAACAUUGUCCAAGUAUGGGCAACUGAAGCACGUACUCCGAUACCAUGCAGAUUAAUCCAAAGUGCUACGACUUCAACUCACAGAAUACUUAACUUUGACCGAAGGAGUACCGGGGUGCGGAAAUGCAUGUCCUACAUGUUGGUAGAACUUAUCCUUUGCCCUUCCAGAAAGCUGCCAGGACCCAAUGAAUUGACUUGCUGAAAAGGGAGUAAUAUGAAUCAACCAGAGAAAGCCCAUGGCUGGAUGGCCUUGUGACAUAACUUUCCAAACUCUGAACUUUUCUGUGUAAAGAACGUGGACAGAAGGAUAUUAGGAAACUGAUGAGGGUAAAAUAUAACAAAGUACAGAAGACCAUCAAUACCUAACAUUCUACUUAGCGCUUUACCAGACACAUGAAAAUCUGCACACAGGCUUCUGAUGAUCCACAUGGCCUACUUGAACUAGUUCCAAACAGUUCAAGUUGUGUAAAAAUUUUUCACUGUGAGCCAAAUCACUACAGAAUCAAAACCCUAGAGUAAAUUGGGAAAUUCUACCUGGAACUUUGGUGCAAAAUAGGCUGUAGGGGCUAAACCCUAGAGGAAAGACUUCAAAAGGUAGUGCUAAGAAUUUCUAACCUGAUAUGAGAUCUCUUCGGUGAAGGCCUUAACAUGUUAGACAAUGAUGAAUCUCUUAAAAAAAAAAAAUUGCUACCAAUGGUCCAGCGGGGGCUACCUGUAUGUACUAAUUUUUAGGUUUGAAAGUCUAACAUAAGGCAUUCAGGCCUGUUACCAUAGCCUAAGGUGUAGUACAGAUGGGAUAGCUUUAGAGCCUAAUGUAUUUUAGCCUGUUGGGUUUUUGACAUGCCUUAUAAAAUAGCCUACAAAAUUAGGGGUGAUAUAUUUAUAGCAGAUAAUUACAUCUGCAUACAUAUACAUAUCUACAAAUGCAAGCAAAAACAUUGCUGACAUAUUUAUAGUAAUCAAGCUGUAGCACUAAGAAUGAAAUACUGCAUUCAAAGGUACUUUUGCCUCAAUUAGACCAAAUUACCUUGCCUAUAAGUAUGUGUGAAUCCUAACUCUACCAUCUACCUACAUCACAAUACUCUCUCCAGAAGGUAUUAAUGAGCCAGCUAGUUUGCCAACUUAGAAACACUUCUAUGUUUAACAAUUUUAAGGUUGUCACAGCUGGCGACAAUGCAGCCCAUGAACGAGAGAGAGAAACUGAACUUGGCAGUUGUUGUUCGGCAGCUCGGUGCCAAACCUGAACCAGAGAAACAUUUGAGAGAGAGGAGUCAAACAACACAGAACCCUGGUUGUGAAACAUGCCUUGGUUCCCUGUCAGAGGAGACAACCAAAUGGUGCAGGGCAGGAACACAGAUAAUGACCAGGCUCCAACACCCGCUCUCUUGCAGGGGAAAAAUGAAUAUGUAUCUAUUGUUCUCCUGCAAACCACAUAGUGAGCGCACACAUGCACAAAAAAAAAAAAAAAAUAUCCUAGGCUAUCAGGUAGGUUAAUGGAGGAGGAAAAGUAACUAUGAAAAACAAAGGAACAGACUGAGUAGACUUCUGGUGUACCCAAUUAAUUGUCAGCAAAUUACUGGCCUCCAACAUCUAACAAUACUACACAAAAUUUACAUCCUCCCUUCAGAUUAUUCAGAAUUAUAUAUCAAGAAAACCAAUCUUGUGCCUGAGCAGUUAGUCUAACAUUUGAUACAGGGGCCAUCUUGCAAAACUUAAAACAUUCGGUUUUCAUAAACUUUUCCCUAUACAGCCUAAUGCUUGUAGAUGACAAAGCAAAAACAAACUAGUGCAAUACUCUACAAGAGAAAAUCAUCAAAAUAUUACUAAUGCUGAUCAGAACACAGAUGGCUUGAAGAAAUAGGCAACUAUUCCUGCACCAUCUAGAGGAAAACAGAUGACAACAGAGUCUGAGCGGGUUAGCCAAGUGUAUUUUGCUUUUUUUUUAAAAUGCCAGUUGCACCAAAUGUCAUGAAGAUAAAGGUAACUUUAACACCAGGCAAGAUUUAUACCAAGUAAUUAACUUUACUGCAUUAGUUUAUCGUUGCAUAACACCGAAUUCAUAUGCUAGUCUAGUUUGGCUUCAAUUCCAGGGAUGGUUGUAUGAAGGCAAUUAAAACUGUGUUCAAGUAGCUGAAUUUUCUACUGGUUAUUCAUAAAGUUGUAUAUGGUUGUGAUAAAUUCUCAAAGGGCAUGCAUAAGCAGAUAUAAAAAAUGAAAUCUCAAGCUUCAACUUCAGAAUUAAUGUUAAACAGUAAUAAAUGAAGUGGUUAUAGGUCUUUCAAAAGAAAUUACAAUGCUGCCCCACUUUUUUGCUGGGAUAGCUUCCAGAACCCACCACCAAUAUGCAAAACCUCUCUAAAAAUGCUUAUAACUGCCAUAUACCAUGUACCCCAUGGACUAAAAUGCUUAUAACUGCCUAUUUUAUGUUCACUGCCUAUUAAAAUAAAAAAUAAAAUAAAUUUUUUUUUGAGAUACAGCCCAUAGAAAAACUUGUGAAUUGGUGGAAGUUCCUGCAGAAAUGCAAAAAAUAUGUUCCACAAAAAUCAGCAAAAAAAGUGGGGUAGCACUGCAAAUUGUAAUUCACUGUUUAUGUAAAUUAUUUGUUACAUAAAAAAUAAUACA